AUGGUCAAUUCAUUCGCUCCAGGCCAGUCUUUGAUAUGGACUAUAUUCAGUCUUUUAUGCAUCAGCACAGUAUUUGCUAAAGAGGUUGAUGGUGUUUUCAAAAGUAUUGAUUCAUUAACCUUUUAUCAAGGUGAUCGUAAUUCACCAUUUGAUUUUUAUAAGGCAGAAGUUAGCUGGUCACUUGAUCCUUCCAAGAUUUCAACUGGUGAUACUUUCUCAUUGAAUAUGCCAUAUGUUUAUGAAGUUAGAUUAACAACUGGUAGUGGUUUUCAAAAUUUCUUUGAUAUUGUUUUAGGUGAUGGUAAACAUAUUGCAAGUUGUACCAUUGAUCAAGCUGGUGGUAGAUCAUUGGCAACUAAAGUCAACUGUCAAUUGACUGCUGAUGUUUCAUCCUAUCAAUCUCUCUCAGGUAAAUUAGAUUUCGAUGUUGUUUUUGAAGGUGGUGGUAGAGUUGAAACUGUUGAAGGUGCUAAACAAUGGACAGCAGGUUCCAACACUGUCACAUGGAAUGGUGAUUUGCAAAACAGUAUUUAUAUCAAUCCACAAAGUUCAAAUAAGCAAUACUAUCUUUCAAGAUACACCAUGAAAGGUGAUAUGUGGAAUUAUUUCAUCACUGGUGAUAGUUUCUGUUAUGGUUCAGGUAUUUCUAGAGGUACUUUGAAAUUCUCAAUUUCAGGUGGUCCAGGUGGUGAUUUCGGUGUUCUAGAUAGAAACUUGAUUGAAUUCAAAACUACCAAUGAUGUCAGCCCUUUCAACUUGCCAAAAUCUUAUGGUGAUGCCAGUGAUGUUCAAAUGUCUUAUAGUAACUUUGGUAAAGAUGUUACUAUUAGUUUUGGUAAUGUUAAUGCUGGUGAUCGUAUCUGGCUUUCAGCUUUCAGAAAGUUUGCAUUCACAAACAGCAGAUACUCAAUCAAAUAUCAGCUCUCUGCAAAAUGUAACAACGAUCUCCCAGAUUCAUACAACCAACUUAUCAACUUGCAAUUGGUUCCAGGUGAUGCCGGUUCAGAUGGUUCAGGUGUGGGUGAGUAUAAUUUAUUUUUUUUUCUCCUUAUGAUUUCAUAA